CCCCGCCCCCACAGUCAGUCGACCAACCAACCUUCUCGUAAUCCUUAUCCUCAACCUGCUUCUUUUUCUUUCUUUUUCCCCACUGCCAGGAGGACUUGAAUCAUUGACCCCUCCUCCCCCCACUACUGCAUCCCUUCCCUACACCUGUAUACGCAAUUGCGCAUGAAUAAUUGGACACGCUACAUAAUGCACUUCCUCAAACGUCUCGUAAAGCCUCCCAAGGGGGCCAGCUCAUUCGGCGACGACGAGGACCGCACCCGCAGCAAACACGGGGGGAAGAAGCAGGGCAGGGACGGCAGUCAGAAUGGAAGUUGCAACUUGUCACACGCCUCACCAUAUGCCGACCUUCACCCCUCACCUGCUUCGGAAGCUCCGGUGGAAGUCCUCAUGACAAUAUUCUCCUUCAUCUGUCCACACGCCCUCGACGAGACUUACCUUUCGGCGGAGGAAACAACCAUGGAGCUAGGGUGCAUGCUAUGCGACAUGCGGGAGCUCUCCCAUUGCGGCCUUGUCUGUCGCUCAUGGCACAAGGCAGCGCAGUUGUUGCAGUAUCGCAGUAUCCGACUAGACAGCGUGCACUACUGCGGUCUGGAGGAGGAGCUGCAAACGCGAAGGAAACGGGGCUCCUUCUUCCAGAAGCACCCCUCCCCCCUUGGGAUUCCGGAGCACAGGAUGCGAUUGCUCUACCGAACCUUCCAGGAGAACGAGACCGCAGCUACGCUCACACAGUUUUUGAAAAUGCCCUACAUGGCCAGGGAGACGUACAAGCAGGACUCGGCGUGGCUUGUGUCACUCUUGCCGAAUUUGAGAUACGUGGAUUUACCGGACGGUGUUUACCAGGAUGAUUCUUCCUGCGCUUCCCUGAAGGCUAUACUCUACACGCGGUGUCCCGGCCUGCGGAAGAUGAGUUGGGUCGGGGGCUCCGAGAAGAGUUUUGUUGAUUUGUGGAUCGAGCCGCCCUGGUUAGGCCUUGAGGUCGUCGAACUCACAGGGAUGAAAGUCGAGAACCGGGACCUGGUCCAGGUGCUCUCCUCCUUGCCACACCUCAUCCACCUGAAAAUGAAGUCCAUGCCAUGGACCACUGACGCAAUCUUCGACUCCACGGCCACAAACGUUGGACUCUUCCCCGCUCUGCAAACACUCGCCAUCGAGGACACCUCAUCCAUCACCAUCGACGGCUUAAAAGCCUACCUCACCCGCCCCGUCGCCUCGGAGGCCCUCGAAACGCUUGUAUUAACAAACACCCCCAUUCCUGCGCACGUCUUGCACCAAAUUCUCCCAUUGGCAACACGCCUAACCUCUCUCUCCUUCCGCACACAAGUCUCACGCACCAUCCCGCGCCAGGAUCUGGCGCUCCUGACCUCCGCAUCACUAACCCACCUCGCCUACGAAAUCACCGAUGAUGAGACAUCCACCAAAUCGCUCGCGAAGCCCUCACCCUCGUACUACGCGUACCUCUCUGAAUCCCUCUGGAACGGCGGAAUGCCAAAGCUGAAAGACCUCUACGUCCGCGAGCCAGCGUUCCAUGCACGCCUUCAGAAAUAUAAAGCCUCUGCGGGGGUGUUUGCUGCGACGGGCUGGACUCAGGAUGUGCACUUGUAUACCAAGGGAAUGGAACACUUGGAGUGGACAAAGUACAGCAUUGGAGACGUCGGCGGGAAUUUACUGAUCCUGUCGACCCUUAAAAGGGAGGCCGGCUCACAUGCCAGCUUUUUCGCGGGCCUUAGCGACAGAAACGAAGUCGGGGAUGGCAGGGCAAGCUUCCUCGCCAUACCCAGUGAGGCGGGGGAGUGCACGUCCGGCAAGCGGGAGAGGAGGAAGAGUCGGGUGAAUUUGUGGAGGUGAUUGGUGGGCAUUUUCAACGGGAUGGGUGUAUAUAGCUGCUUUUUUUUUUUUUUUUCUUGGAGGGGCGUAUUUUCUUUAAACUUUUCGCACUGUAUGGUUCCGGGCAACCAAAACCCGUUCUUGCGGGGCCGACCUGAUCCAGGGUUUCCAGGUUAGGUAUGGCUUCUCCUUGAGAGAGUAUAAUACGGUUCCCUCU